AUGGCUUCAAGUCAACCUUCUGACGAAUUUACAAAUAUAAACUCGACGCGUCUAAUUGAUUACUUAGCAAACUCACUAAAGCAAACAGCUAAAGGUGUACACACAUAUACUAUAUAUGCACUUUCUACUAAACUGACACCUAAAGACUCUUUAACACUUAAAGAUGGCUCGAAUACUAGUGGAUCUAAUCUCUUCGAGAGACAACUACUAUUACUUGUAAAUGAAAAAAUUCCAGCAACGAAAAAUAAUGAAAUAUUUGUUACCGGUGUAGAAAUUUAUGAAUAUCAUGAUUUUGAUAGAGAUUCACUUAAUAUAUAUAUAUCUAAAGUGGAUACUACUGGAUAUCGACCUUAUUCUUAUACCCCUACCAAAAAUUUAUUGAUCGCUUAUAUGAAAUUUUAUUUAGAAGAUAUUAGUGUGAAUAAAAAACUUUUAUUGAAGCGUAAAACUAUCAAAUUUAAUAUUUUUGCGCGACCACAUCCUCAAUAUCUAUUUCGUCAUUCAGAUAAAAAUUUGAUGAAACAUGUAUUAGAUGAUUCUGAAUUAUUAAAAUGGUGGAAAAAUAUUCUUCAACAAACUUUUCUGAGUGAAAAUAUACAAGAGAAAACUCGAAAGAAACGAGGAUGGUUUUAUUUUCCUGGUAUACCUUCCGACAACAUGGCACUUACAUUUAUCAGAGAUAAUGUGGAUGGUGAAGUGGAAAAUAGCGAAAAUUCAUUCUGGCAAUAUGGAUAUCCAUAUCCAGAUGAUGAAGAAGCAAUAAAAGUCAUUCCUAGAUUUGAAGAUGACGCCAAAACAAGGUGGUUGGAUACUGCCGGGGAAUCAUCAUUGACAGUAAAGAAUUUUUGGGAAUUGAUAUCUAUUGGGGGGGAAUUUGCUGGUGGAAGACAGGCGGGUUUCUUCUGGGUAGAAGCUGUUUUAGAAGAUAAUCGAGAUUUGACGAACCAGGAUAUGGAGAUAGAGUCCAUCGUUGAUCAUCAAAGUUUGAACUCGGAAAUAAAGGAAGAGCUUGAAAAAGAAGUUGGAGGCAUUGUUGUUAGCAUUAACACAUAUGUUAAGGCACUUGGAGAGCUUUUUGCUCAAGAGUUUCAUUCUGAAGAGGCAGCAAUUGAGUCAACCUCAUAUUGGUGUCGUUAUUUCUAUAAACUCUACUCGAACAAUAUAGCAAUUGAAUUUAUGGUAAAUAAUUCUAAUAAUCUGCAGGCGCGUGUCAAAAGAAAAGCAGAUUAUGAUCAACAGCUUAAUGCUACUCUAGUUACCCCAGUUAAUAAUCAGCAGAUGCAAAGAACAAAUGAUGAUGAGCUGCCUAACACAAUCCUAAACAUAACAACAAAAGAUAUAAAGAUAAACGUGUUGUCUCCUUCGUUGAUAAAGAGG